AUGGCUGACACUGCAUUCAGCAGGGAUGAUGACCACCUUGCUGGUCAAAGACCUGUACUGACCGUUGCAGUGGUUGGUCUGGGACAAAUGGGACAAUCACACGCAAUUGCCUACCAUGGCAAUCCGGGAUAUCAGAUCGUAGGAUUGGUCAACCGCAGCGGCACGGCACUUCCAGACCAGCUGAAGCACUACCGGACCUUUACUGAUCUUGAUGCCGUGCUCGCGCUCAAGCCGGACGUGGUCUCGAUCAACACCCACACCGAUACACAUGCCCAGUAUGCGAUCACGGCGAUGGAGGCCGGCGCCCAUGUGUUCGUCGAGAAGCCACUCGCGCUGACGGUCACGGAUGCCGAACGUGUCGUGGCCACGGCACACCGCACCGGCAGAAAACUGGUCGUGGGCUACAUCUUGCGACACCACCCAAGUUGGGUCGAAUUCGUCACCCAGGCACGUCUUCUCGGCCCCCCGUUCGUCAUGCGUAUGAACCUCAAUCAGCGCUCUACGGGCCGCGCAUGGGUGCUUCACAAGCGGCUCUUGGAGAAUGUCAGCCCCGUCGUGGAUUGUGGAGUGCACUAUCUUGAUGUCAUGCUACAGAUCACGGACAGUGCUCCUGUCCAGGUUCGCGGUAUGGGAGUACGCCUCUCGGACGAGAUUGCUUCUGACCAGGUCAACUAUGGUCACCUUCAGGUCACAUUCGCCGAUGGCUCGGUAGGGUGGUACGAAGCAGGCUGGGGCCCGAUGAUCUCAGAGACGGCGCACUUCGUCAAAGACGUUAUGGGUCCGCGAGGUUCGGUGUCGAUUGUGAAGGAGGACGACACUGGGUCUGCAGAUGUACACAGCCACACAAAGACUUCUCGACUUCGCAUACACCGUGUUGCCGACGGCAAGGACAAGGUUUUGUCCAUGGCUGACGAGCCAGACCACUACGGGCUUUGUGCUCGGGAGCAGCAAUUCCUACUCGAGGCCAUCUGGGAAGACCAAAACCUGGAGCAGCAUAUGAAAGACGCAGUGCGGUCGCUUGCUGUUGUCCUUGCUGCGGACCAGUCUAUGCGUGAGGGUCGCGCGAUAGACCUGUCGAUAUAG